CGGCCCAGCGCUCGCUCGACGCGGCCCCAGCGCAGCUCCACCUGGAGGCUGCUGCCCUCGGGCCACGGCGCCCAGCUCUCCGUAGCCUCUGGCUCUGUCUGCAGUGAAGGCCCCAGAGCUCCGGCGGGCGGCGGGGGGACAGGAAUGGUGAGCCUGCCCAUGGCCAUGGGCCACUCUGUGUGCUCCUGGGGCUGAGACCAGGAUUGGCAGCCAUGGGAUGGGGCCAGUCCCAGGCCUGGUUCUUGGGCCUCCCCACGGCUGUGGUCUAUGGCUCCCUGGCCCUCUUCAUCUCCAUCCUGCACAAUGUGUUCCUGCUCUACUACGUGGACACCUUUGUCUCAGUGUACAAGAUCAACAAAGUGGCCUUCUGGGUUGGAGAGACGGUGUUUCUCCUCUGGAACAGCCUCAACGACCCACUCUUCGGUUGGCUCAGUGACCGCAAGUUCCUCGGCUCGCAGCCCCGGUCAGGUGCUGGCUUCUCCUCCAGGGCCGUGGUGCUGACACGGGUUCGUGCCCUGGGCUGGCAUGGGCCACUGCUGGCGCUGUCCUUUCUGGCAUUGUGGGUACCUUGGGCCCCAGUCGGCCUGCAGUUUUUGCUGUGCCUGUGCCUGUACGAUGGCUUCCUGACGCUUGUGGACCUGCAGCAUCACGCCUUGCUGGCUGAUCUGGCCCUCUCAGCCCACGACCGCACCCACCUCAAUUUCUACUGUUCCCUCUUCAGCGCGGCUGGUUCCCUCUCCGUCUUUGCCUCCUACGCCUUCUGGAACAAGGAGGACUUCUCCUCCUUUCGCGCCUUCUGUGUAGUGCUGGCUGCUGGCUCAGGGCUGGGCUUUCUAGGGGCCACACAGCUGUUGAGGCGGCAGGUGGAAGUGGCCAGAAGGGAACCAGGGUGCUUGGGCCUGGCCGUGGAUGGCGGCCAGUGUGAAGAGGAGCUGCUGGUGGGCACCGAGGAAGUGGGCAGCAUCACAUUGGGCCAGUACCUUCGGCAGCUGGCACGCCACCAAAACUUCCUGUGGUUCGUGGGCAUGGACCUGGUGCAGGUCUUCCACUGCCACUUCAACAGCAACUUCUUCCCCCUGUUCUUGGAACAUCUGCUGUCAGAUCAAAUCUCCCUCUCCACGGGCUCCUUCCUGUUGGGCGUCUCCUAUGUUGCUCCCCAUCUCAACAACCUCUACUUCCUGCCCCUGUGCCGUCGCUGGGGUGUCUAUGCCGUGGUGCGAGGACUCUUCCUCCUCAAGCUGGGUCUCAGCCUGCUCAUGCUGUUGGCUGGGCCAGACCGCCCUGGCCUGCUGUGUAUCUUCAUUGCCAGCAACCGUGUCUUCACUGAGGGCACCUGUAAGCUGCUGACCUUGGUGGUCACUGACCUGGUGGAUGAAGACCUGGUGUUGAACCACCGCAAGCAGGCGGCUUCAGCUCUUCUCUUUGGCAUGGUUGCUCUGGUGACCAAACCAGGCCAGACUUUUGCUCCACUCCUGGGCACCUGGCUGCUCUGCUUCUACACAGGUCAUGACCUUUUUGAGCAGUCACUGCUGACCCCUGUGGGGAGUGCCCACCCCUGGCCAGAGCCCCCGGCCCCAGCCCCUGCCCGGGCUCCCACGCUCCGUCAGGGCUGCUUCUACCUGUUGGUGCUGGUGCCCAUCACCUGUGCAUUGCUGCAGCUCUUCACCUGGUCCCAGUUUACGCUGCAUGGGAGACGCCUGCACAUGGUCAAGGCCCAGCGCCAACACUUGGCCCAGGCUCAAACCCUGGACAUUAAGACAGUGUGAGAUGUGCAGCAAGGCCGCCCCAAGGAUGAUGGAGUGCACAGCCUGAGACAGGUGCCACUGUUGCCUGCUGCAUCCUGCUCUUCCACUAUCCUCAGGACAGAUGGUGGGUGGAGUACCUGACCUGAGCCGGGAGCAUGACCAAGGUCUGGGCAUCUGCCUGGCCUGGGCCCUGUGCGCUCAGGGACCUGCUUCCCUUGUGGGACAGGAAGAAAUAGGGACCCAGAGGGAGUGGCUGCUGGGUGGUGCACACAGGGUAGCCGCGGGGCCCAUCCCAUUGCCUGGUUGGGGCUGGCCACCGGGCGAGCUCAGGAGCCACUUUUAAUACUGCAGCUGCUCUGUAAACUGUUAAGUCCCACCCUUUUGGUGGUUUCUCUGAGAGCUCUCUGUGUCAGCCAGGCUUGUUUGAAGUGUCUUGAAGUGGUGUGCUCCCACUGUUGGCCAGCCUCUCACCCCAGCAGGCCUCUUAAGAACUGCAUUUGAUGACAGCCAAUUAAAGCCAAUCAUUCCUAGGGUGUGUGCCCGAGAGUGUUUUUCUGAGUCUGAGUGGUGGACUCCCAACUUUAGUGCCUGGAGUACCUGGGGAGAAAGAUGCAGGUUGGUAGCACUGUGGGCACUGGGCAGCAACAUGACCUCCAGGCCUGGGGCCAGCAGCCCGCAGCCCGUGCAUCGUUGCUAUGGGUCAUGGUAGUCAACGAGGCGGGAGGGCCUCAGCCACAGGAAAUACCAGUGUCUCAGGUCUGGUCUCUCAAACCCUGGCUUCUGGGCCCUGGCUACAGAGAUUU